CCUUUCUGGAUGACGUACUUCCUCUAAGGUUGGCUUCGGGGAAAACAACAUCGAAAAGACCCCUGCCUUAAGAAGAAACGCCGAAUAUACGGCAUCUUGUCGGACACUUAUCACCUCCGCCGUAUUUACUGCUAAAUCCUAAGUCCAUAAACACAAAAUGCCUCAGAACGAGCAUAUUGAGUUACACCGUAAGCGCCAUGGCUACCGCCUGGAUUAUCAUGAAAGGAAGAGAAAGAAGGAAAGUCGUGAGGCUCACGAGCGCUCACAGAAAGCCAGGAAGCUGAUCGGUUUGAAAGCUAAACUGUACCACAAACAGAGACAUGCAGAGAAGAUCCAGAUGAAGAAGACCAUCAAAAUGCAUGAAGAGAGGAAAACCAAGCAAAAGGAUGAAAAAACACCAGAGGGAGCAGUGCCAGCCUACCUGCUGGACAGAGAAGGGCAAUCUCGUGCUAAGGUUCUGUCCAAUAUGAUCAAACAGAAGAGGAAAGAGAAAGCUGGUAAAUGGGAGGUUCCACUGCCAAAGGUGCGUGCCCAGGGAGAGACAGAAGUGCUUAAAGUAAUCAAAACUGGAAAGAGACAAAAGAAAGCCUGGAAAAGAAUGGUCACAAAAGUCUGCUAUGUUGGCGAAGGCUUUACGCGUAAACCUCCAAAAUAUGAGCGUUUCAUCAGACCCAUGGGUUUACGUUUUAAGAAGGCUCAUGUCACACAUCCAGAGCUGAAGGCCACAUUUUGCCUUCCCAUUCUUGGAGUAAAGAAAAACCCUUCCUCACCUCUCUAUACUUCCCUGGGAGUCAUCACAAAAGGAACAGUGGUAGAAGUCAAUGUCAGUGAGCUGGGACUGGUCACUCAGGGAGGAAAGGUUGUCUGGGGUAAAUAUGCCCAGGUGACAAAUAACCCAGAAAACGAUGGCUGCAUCAACGCUGUUCUGUUGGUAUAACAGCUGGACCUUUAUACAACUGUGCCUCGUUACCUCCUAUUCAAAAUCAAACAUCAAAGAAACAACUGGGAAGCAAAGAUGAUCGCUGGUGCUGCUCUUGGCAACACAACCAUUUUUGUAACACAAGGACACUCUAAGUAAAAUGAAAAAGGGCGAUUACUGUGUUAAAUUUAAUAAAGUUGAUAAAAACAAA